GCCGGCCCGCCGAUAAGGUGGCGGUCAUUUUUUAGGCUGCCGGCUGGCACAAGAGUCAUCGCUCGCUAGACGAAGGAAACGAGAAACGAGAAACAUCGGAGUCGUUUACUCUUCAACUCAUCAUUUUAAAACAAACAGUGCGCGCUGCAUCUUUCUUCUUGUCGUCAAUUCCCGUCACCAACUCCAUCCAAUUGUCGAAAAUGGCCCCCACUAUCCAUCUUGUACGCCACGCCCAGGGCUGGCACAAUGUCAACGUCGAGAAUGAGACGAUGCACGAUCCUGAGCUCACUCCCACAGGAGUGCAGCAGUGCCGUGAUCUCCGUGCUCAGUUCCCUCACCAUGAGAAGCUCACAAAGCUGAUUGCGUCGCCCAUGACGCGCACUCUCAACACGGCCAUCCACUCUUUUGGCCGCAACGACCUCUACCCCAUCAAGGCGCUAGAUGUUCUCCAAGAACUUAGCGAUUUGCCGUCAGAUACUGGCUCGUCACCUGCUAAACUUAAGGAGGUGUUUGGCGAUAAGGCUGAUCUUAGCCAGGUCCGCGAGGAGUGGACGCAGAAGAUGGACGGACAGCUCUUUGAGCCUACGCUGGAGAAGAUUCUUGCCCGCGCCAAGGAAUCUCGCCGUCUGAUUCGAGAUAUUGCCAACUUGGACAGUGAUGAACAUGUUGCUGUUGUCUCGCACGGCGGAUUCCUGCAUUGGCUUUCAGAUGAGUGGCAGGGCAUCCCCAUGCCAUACCCCACCAACUGGAAGAAUUGCGAAUAUCGAUCAUUCAAGUUUGUCGAUGGCACUGGAAAAGAUGAGGAUGCCAAGCUGGUAGAAACAGAAGAGAGCUGGCGCCGUCGCAAAGGCAGCGAGGCUCGUCUAUCAGACCAGGAGCAGGAUGAGCUUCGCCGCAUGCUGCAGCGCGAAAUUGUCCCUACGCUAAAGGUCAAGGUAUAAAAUGUUGUUUUUGGUAAAAGCAGGCGUUUAUGAGAACCGCCUUAUAUAUGCUAGAUUUGCUUGAUAAUGAUGAGUACGCGGUAGCAUUUACAGCUUAGACUAGAGUAGCAAAGCAGACUACAAUUUUCUUU